AUGUUUUUUUUUAGUAGUGAAAAACCCAAAGUUAUAAUCGAACCGCCAACAUCUUCAAUAGUACAAAAUAAUAUUCCUGAAUUUUUGUCACCUUCAUUAGAGAACAAAAUGUAUAGUAGCAGUUAUUCAUAUAGCAAUCCCCUUACCGGUGCAUAUAGCACAACUCACCAAAAUGAAUAUAAAUAUAAUGUUACAAAAUAUACAACAAGCCCACAUAAUAAUCGAAAUGUUGAAUAUAUAAAAACAAUUGACAAUCCCACUGAGUUAUAUUAUGAAACAAUUCCAUUAAAAACCAAUACAAACAAUAUAUUUGAAAUAAACCCCUCUAAAGAAGAAUCAAAUAAAAUUACAUAUAAUCCUAGGAUAGAGGUAUAUUCAACAUCCGAUUUUGUAAUUAUCAUGAUGAAUCUUCCAGGUGUUUCAAAAGAAAAUUUAAAUGUUGAAUUAGAAAAGGGAUUGUUAAAAAUAUGUGGAAACAAAUAUAAACCAAAAAUCGAAGAAUUAGAAAAAACUAAUGAUUAUCAUACUAAAAUCAUUGAAAGAGUAAGCGAAUACUAUUUUUGUAAAAUUUUUCAAAUGCCACCUGCCUUUUCAGAAGGGCAAAGUAUAUCAUGCACACUAAAGGAUGGGGAACUUGUCCUUAAAAUUUUAGCAAGUGAAUUAAAAACUCAGAAAAAGGUUAUCCAAGUAACCUCAUAA